AGACGGUCCUGUUCAGCGCCGGCCGGCGGGCGGGGUGCGCUGGCACCGCAGUUAUUUUGGGGCGCGUCCUAGUUUGCUGCAUUUCCAGCCUCUCGGCUUCCAGAGCUAUCCCCAGGCCCGGUUCUGGGGCGAAAAUGCCGGCCCUUCACAUCGAAGAUUUGCCAGAAAAGGAAAAGCUGAAGAUGGAAGUUGAGCAACUUCGCAAAGAAGUAAAGUUGCAGAGGCAACAGGUGUCUAAAUGUUCUGAGGAAAUCAAGAACUACAUUGAAGAACGUUCUGGAGAGGAUCCUUUGGUGAAAGGAAUUCCAGAAGACAAGAAUCCUUUUAAAGAGAAAGGCAGCUGUAUUAUUUCAUAAAUAACUCUGGAGAGAAAUUUCAUCCUCAGUAGAAGAACUAGUUUGUUUUGUUUUUCUGAAAUAAAACCGAAAUACCUUUCAAAGAAGGAAAACAAAAUUUAAAGACUUUCUUAAACACUUAUAUUGAUAUGGUUACGUAUCAAAGUUGUGUGCUUCUCAUCUUUGCUCACUACACCUCCUUGUUAAGAGGGCAGAGAGUAUCAAAUGUACAAUUAUGGAAAUAAGGACAUUACUUGUGCAUGACUCACCUCUUUCAGUAUAUUGCUUGAUGCCUUAAAUAAAGUUUUAUCUCUGGAAAA